GCGACUCGCACCGCGGCCCAGCAAGCAGCCAGGCCCGCCCCCUCGUAUAUAUAAGCGCCACCACGCUGCCUCCCAUCCCUAGCCCUUCCGCCCGCGCCGCCGCCGCCUCCUCCUUCCGCAGGAGCUCCCUCCUCGCAGGCGCGAUGGUGUACAUCAAGAACCAGAAGACAAGGGCGUACUCCAAGCGUUUCCAAGUCAAGUUCAAGAGAAGGCGCCAGGGGAAGACCGACUACAGGGCCAGGCUGAGGCUCACAAACCAGGACAAGAACAAAUACAAUACCCCCAAGUACCGUUUUGUUGUGCGAUUUACCAACAAGGAUGUCACUGCACAAAUUGUGUAUGCUACCAUUGCUGGUGAUAUUGUGAUGGCCGCUGCCUACUCCCAUGAGUUGCCUCGCUAUGGUCUUGAAGUUGGCCUCACCAACUAUGCUGCAGCCUACUGCACUGGUCUGCUUUUGGCUCGUCGUGUGCUCAAGAACCGUGAUCUUGAUGAGGAGUAUGAAGGCAAUGUUGAGGCCACUGGUGAGGACUUCUCUGUUGAGCCUUCUGAUGAGAGGAGGCCUUUCCGUGCGCUUUUGGAUGUUGGUCUUAUUAGGACCACCACUGGAAACCGUGUGUUUGGUGCCCUUAAGGGAGCUUUGGAUGGUGGCCUUGACAUUCCCCACAGUGACAAGAGAUUUGCUGGGUUCAAAAAGGACGAGAAGUCGCUGGAUGCUGAGAUUCACCGCAAGUACAUCUUUGGAGGGCAUGUUGCUGACUACAUGAGGUCACUAGCAGAUGAGGAACCAGAGAAGUUCCAAACUCAUUUCAGUGAGUACAUCAAGAGGGGAAUCUCAGCUGAUGACAUGGAAGCAGUUUACAAGAAGGUUCAUGCUGCCAUCCGUGCUGAUCCCACCAUGGCCAAAUCAACCAAGGCGCCUCCCAAGACUCACAAGAGGUACAACCCCAAGAAGCUGACCUAUGAGCAGAGGAAGGCCAGCCUCGUCGAAAGGCUCAACGCCCUCAACAACUCUGCCGGUGCCGCCGAUGACGACGAGGACGACGACGAGUGAAGAGCGCUCUUGUCCACCCCAGUGUAGUCUUGCAACGUGCGUUUUUGUUAAAGUCCGGCACUCUGCACAAUGACCUGUUCCUUUGAGUUUUGUUUGUCUUGCUGGAGUUAUAGAUUGUGUUAUCUCGAUUAUGUGCCGUGCUGGCAUUUGGAUCUUAAUCUUAAUCCGUUCGUCUGGCACCCUUCGUAA